AUGGCGCUGAAGAAUCUUCAACUGUUUCAUCCUGUGAGAUCAGAGAUGGGCUAUCAACAAAGACAGGCGACUCCCAUGAGAGCUCCUCCAACAUCUUUAUCCCGAAAUAUAUCCAGGUCUGCUGAGACACUCGCCGGUAGUACCAAAUCCAAAGAGCCAAAAACACGGAAGGCUCGUAGCACAGAACAACCAGGCGGUGGAAUGGCGAAAGGCCGCAGUGUUCUCGGACUACCAAACCUUACAAAGGGUUGGGGUCGUGAUGACGACAGUUUACGAAGCCGAUCCAGGAACGGCAGCGGCAGCAGUAGAGCUGGCAGCCUGGACAGAAGUACGCGCGGCUCCAGCACUACACUCAAUGCUGAUGAAGACAACAUCAACGUAGUAGUCAGGGUGCGACCAAUCAGUGAGAAGGAGCGUUCAUGUGGUGAGCGGACCCUGCUAGAGUUCCCCGGCAAGGGGCAGGUGGUCUGCCAUAACACUACACCUAGUCAGAAGGCGAAAGUUUUCUCUUAUAAUGUUGUCUUCGAACCUGAGGCGACACAGGAAGACAUUCUAGAAUAUUCGGGAGUUAAAAGACUGUUGGAGAUGGCAGUGGAAGGGUUCUCAUGCACCGCCUUCUGCUACGGACAGACGGGUAGUGGGAAGACACACACACUGACUGGACCUCCAGGAUUGGUUGAGAGCGGAGCGAGUCCAUUUGCUCCUGGACAUGGCCUGGUGGUCCGCUCCUUCGUCCACCUGUUCCGACUUAUCUCCGAAAGACCUGAGUCACACUUCAUACUCAAGGCGUCCUUCUUAGAAAUAUAUAAUGAAAAGGUAAUAGAUCUCCUAAACCCGGGCAGUGCUCGGAAACCACUACAGGUGCGGUGGUCUAAAGAAAGUAGAGGAUUUUAUGUAGAAAAUCUAUUUACGGUGGACUGUGAAACUCUUGAUGAUUUGUUUGCUGUUCUAGAAGAAGGCAUGCGCAACCGUGCAGUGGGCGCGCACGCGAUGAACGCGCACUCGUCUCGCUCGCACACGCUGCUGUGCGUGCGCGUGCGCCGCGACCUGCGCGAGGACGCCGGCGUCGUCUGCUCCACGCACGGGAAGAUCAACUUCGUCGACCUCGCGGGCAGCGAGAUGACCAAACGGACUCAUAGCACCGGGAAGACUUUGGAAGAAGCGAAUAAUAUCAACAGGAGUCUUAUGGUGCUUGGUUACUGUAUAGCACAGCUAAGUGACGGCAAGAAACGAGGACACAUCCCGUACCGGGACAGUAAGCUCACCAAACUACUAGCAGACAGUCUCGCAGGGAAUGGAGUCACACUCAUGAUCGCCUGUAUAGCUCCAACGAGAUCGAACUUGAGCGAGACAAUCAAUACUCUCCGGUAUGCUGCGCGCGCUAAGAAGAUCAAAUCAAAACCUAUCGUCAAAAUGGACGCGAGAGACGCUCUAAUUUUGAGUUUGAAGAGGGAGGUAGAAGCUCUACAAGCUGAGAACCAACAUCUGAGGACUGCACUGCAUGUGCAGACAGACUACAACUUGGAUUCUUAUAGUCAGCGCAGAACUCCAACUCAGAUAGAACCAAAUAAACUGUACCAGCUUCCACAAUCAGAGCUGGUAGAAUUAGUGCAACUUCAUAUGGAAGAAAAUACGGCUCUAAGAGCUGAAAACAGCGAACUGUUCGGAGUAAGAGACUCCUUGCUGAGAGACCAGGAACUGCUUAGCAGAGAGAACGAGAGACUCUUGAAGAAAUUAGAGGACGUUAACUCUGUAUGCGUUCGGUCACCUAUCAUACCGGCGCGGCCAACAUACUCUGGUUCCAACGACACUGAAGCAAACAUUUGGACCAACCCCGUCAGUUCAUCCGCAAGUAUUGUCAGUGGAGGAAGUUAG